AAGUCUUUCCAAUUUUGUCUGCGGAAGACUGGAAGUCGAAAGCAGGAGAGAGAUGCCCAGAAGGUUGGUUUCUGCCGCAGCUCUUUUGUGGGGUUUGCUUCUCUUGGCGACAUUAGUUAUCAUUCUGAAUCGCUUUAGCAAUGAUAAAGUCCUAUCAGAACCAAACACCCUCAAAAGCAAAAGUGAGAUUGUUGAGGACAGUGAUGAUUUGGAACAAGUGACCCACCAAGUUUUCUUCGACAUUCAAAUCGGUGGAAAACCCGUUGGUCGCAUAGUGAUGGGUCUCUUUGGAAAAACAGUUCCAAAAACCAUUGAGAACUUUCGAGCACUUUGCACUGGGGAAAAGGGAAUUGGGAAGAGUAUGAAGCCUCUGCACUACAAAGGGAGUACAUUUCAUAGGAUUAUUCCCAGUUUCAUGAUUCAGGGAGGUGAUUUCACUCUUGGGGAUGGAAGAGGAGGAGAAUCGAUAUAUGGGGAAAAGUUUGCAGAUGAAAACUUCAAAGUGAAGCACACUGGUCCUGGCAAGCUAAUCUCUUUCUAGUUUCCGAGUUGUUAAUCUUGCAGAAGUUCAUUUCAAAAUGUGGAAACUGCAAAUAUGUAUACACCAAUGGCAAAUUCUUUGUGACAAACAGGUUAUCUAUCAAUGGCAAAUUCUGGCCAAGACACCAAUGGAUCACAGUUCUUCAUCACAACUGUCACAACUAGCUGGUUGGAUGGUCACCAUGUUGUAUUUGGCAAGGUGCUUUCUGGAAUGGAUGUUGUGUACAAGGUUGAACAAGUAGGUGGACUGGACGGGGUACCUAAGAGCGAGGUCAUUAUCAAAGAUAGUGGUGCACUUCCGAUGUGACCACCCUACCUUAAGUCAGUGAUGAAAAUGUUAAGAUGGCAAUGUCAGUGAACUUCCGAUGUGAACAUGCUACUGUUGUUACAAA